CAGGAGGUGAGGCAACUGCUUCUGCUCAACCAACACACUUUUUCCUGGCCUCGUGAACAAUAUUAUCAGUAGAAAUGUUCAUAACUGUUCUUCAUGGAGAGAACAAGGCUGAUCUUUUCAAUAUACACUGUAAAAUCCAGAUUCUGCUAGAUGGCAUUAAACACCACUGUGGAUGUGAAGAUAAAGAUGAAAUAGAGUUAGCAGAUGAGAGUGGUCAAGUCAAGAACUUACUCCAAAACAAGCAUCACUAUGCAAACGAACUUCUGGGGGAACGAGAGACUUAUGUGCUCCUUAGUGUCACGAGUGGAGAAAGACCUUCAGAGAUAGAAUUUAGGCCACUGUUGAAGGAUGAGCACAUCAUUAACCCAAAGUUCCUAGCUAAAUUAGGAAGUUGCCAAGACCGCAAGGGACCCUCUCCAAGGAUGAGAUCCAGAAGGAUUCAUCGAAAAUCAACCUUGGAUAUUCCCACUGCUGAAGGCUUAAGAAAUUCUUCACCCCAUGGCAGUAGAGCGAGGACUCCUAAUGCUUCUCCAAAACAAAGCAAGAAAAUCUGAUUUGUGGGUGAAUCUCAAUUCAUAACCACUGCUACAUUUUUGGAAAUAUUUCUGUUUGUUGUAAAAUGUUGAUUAGAGCUACUCUUCUAUGAUUUCAUGCCAAGAGUAAAACCCCCAGCAUGCCCUAUUAAACUUACCAACACAUUGAAACUUAACUUCAAACCAUAUGUAAUAAACUUCACUCCAGGCAAGAGUGCAUCAAGCAGUAACCCUAAUCUCUCAGGGUGUGUGUGUGUGUAUGCACAUGUAUGCUGUAGAUGUGCCAAGGAGAUUAUUUUACUAUAGAGAUGCUGGCAGCAUUUAAACACCUCUCUCCCUCCCUUCCUCCCUCCCUCCUCUCUCUCUCUCUCUCUCUCUCUCUCUCUCAAUACUGUGGUUUCAUAUUUCCAUUUUUUCUUCCAAAGCUUCUAAAGAAUUGAAUGAACAUUUUAAUCCAUCAUAAAAGUAACCCUUUAGCAAUAUCUAUUAUACAAGGAUCUAUAUGGCUGUCAUCAGUUCAACAAAAGGAGGUACCUGCUGAAUUCUCUUGCAUGAUCAAGAGAAUAUAGACAAAUAUGUGAGCCAGGAAAUACCCUAUAAACAGAGUUUAAUUGACCCCAACAUCAACUAAUUCUUUGAUGCUAGGCUCAGCAUUAUUAUCUGUUUUAUAUAUCAUCAGUUCGGUGGCUUUGGGUUUGGAUUGGUUUUCUUUUUUGCGUUUCACUUUUGUAUUUCAGCAUUGUUUCAAUUUUCAUUCAAUAAUAGUUGUUUAUAU